AUGGCUUUCCAGCAUCCCAAGUCCUACAGAGCAUACGCCUUCCUCGAGCGCGGAGGAUCCCUUUGUGCGAUAGAUGUCCCGUGGAAGGAUCCCCAGCCUGGCCACGUCGUUGUCAAAGUCCUUGCCUGCGGUGUUUGCGCCAGCGAUGAAGUAGUGAAAUAUCAGCUUUUCUCUAGUGUCGUGUAUCCGCGCAUCCCAGGGCACGAGAUCAUCGGCGACGUCGUAGCUAUUGCACCGGGCGAGGUGCGGUGGAAGCUAGGUGACAGGAUUGGGGCAGGCUGGCAUGUAGGCCAUUGUAGUGUCUGCGAUCGUUGCCGUUUGGGCGACUUUGUUACCUGCCCCCUUUCAUCGCUAUCCCCUACGGGUGUGGGGAGCGACGGCGGUUAUGCAGAGUACGCCACUCUGCGUUCAGAGGCGUUGGCGAGCAUUUCGAGGGAAAUAGAUCCGGCAGAGGCCGCCCCGUUCUUGUGCGCAGGAGUAACGUCUUUCAAUGCUCUCCGUAACAUGCAAGCCUCACCUUCAGAUCUUGUCGCCAUUCAGGGUGUUGGCGGUGUGGGCCACAUCGCCAUCCAGAUAGCACGCCAGAUGGGCUUUCACACCAUCGCGCUUUCUUCUUCAGCUGACAAACGAGAGUCGGCACUGGAGCUAGGAGCACAUGAGUUCAUCAGCGGAACUGCAGAAGCACAGAUGGCAGUACUCAGAGCGCUCGGAGGCGCGCGAAUCAUCCUGUGUACUGGACCAGAUAUCGGGGCCAUGACCACCCUUGUCAACGGGCUCGCCUGCGAUGGCCAGCUCCUCGUUCUCUCGUUCAUCGCAGACACGCUUCCAAUUCCUGUCGUCCCCAUGCUAUCUCGGCGAUUGAGUGUCCGAGGAUGGCCGUAUGGUACGGGUAAGGACUGCGAGGACGCGGUGAAAUUCGCUACAAUGCACGGUAUUAAGCCGAUAAUCAGGAAAUUUGCGUUCUGGGACACUUGCGAUGCAUAUGAAUCCCGUGGAACCUCCAGAUUCCGCGCUGUUAUAGUCCCUUCAUCGGCCAAUCACCCCAGUAGAAUGUAG